ACUUGGACUCGAAAAAACCGACGCCGGAGAUCAGUGCACGAGGGACGACCGGUGGCGCUGGAAAUUUUUUGGAGUCUGCAAAUGGAAACAGGCUUCAUCGUGGUCACAGCUUCCUCAAAACAAUUACUUUGAUGUCACGAUAAGAGGAGAAAAAUAUAAGAAAGAUGAAGAUCCUUGGCGUGGAAUUCGCACCGUUGAACGUACCAUUGAAACGAAGAUUAGAAACGCUCUCUGCUGCGUUAUGGAUUAUUCUUCUAAGCGGAGGAGAUUUAAUGGGUUACCUUCUUUUUGCUUAUCUUCUAUUGUACUCAAAAAUCACACGCUAUUUCGUGCUGCUCUACACAAUUUGGAUGUAUUAUGAUUGGGAUACAUGUAAUAAAGGCGGCAGAAGCGAACGAUGGACAAGAUUGAUGAGAGGCAACGCGUGGCAACGUUACUUUUGCAACUAUUUCCCUAUAAAAUUAGUGAAAACUACCGACCUGGAUCCGACCAAGUCGUAUUUAUUCUGCAGCUUUCCACAUGGAAUUCUGUCCACAGGAGUAUUCGGCGCAUUCGGAACGGAGCAUCUCAACUGUAAAAAAGUGUUUCCGGGUUUGGAUUUCCGGGUCGUGAUACUGGAACAACACUUUAAAAUCCCGUUCUUCCGUGAAUAUGCCUACAUGGGCGCCGGUAUCAGCAGUUCCCAAAGAAGUUUAAUCCAUCAGCUAUCGACGAAGCCCGAGGCACCAUUCACCGGAAGAGCAACCAUUCUUGUUAUCGGUGGAGCAUGGGAAUCAUUGGAAUGUAAGCCGGGCAAAUAUCGUAUCCUGCUAAAAAGGAGAAAAGGCUUCGUUAAGAUUGCGCUGAAGCAUGGGGCCCCCUUAGUACCUGUCAUCUCGUUUGGAGAAACAGAUAUAUACGAUCAAUAUUAUUGGCCAGAGGGCACAUUGAUGAGAAGAAUACAGCAUUAUGUUCGUAAAAAGAUCGGAUUGGCGCCAGUGUUUUUGAAGGGUCGAGGAUUCUUCCAAUAUUCUUUUGGCAUUAUCCCGCGACGGAAACCAGUCACGGUUGUCGUCGGUAGUCCAUUGGAAUUGCCAAAGAUAGAGGAACCUACGACAGAACAGAUCGACGAAUACCACGAGAAAUUUGUCAAUCAUCUGGUGGAGUUGUUCGAAAGUCAGAAGCACAAUUAUAUGAAGAAUGCGGAUUCGGUGAAGCUUGAGUUUCUAUAGUGAUAACAAACACGAGAUACUAUAAAUAUUUUUUAAUGAAUCCUCAUAGUGGUUAUCCGAAGGACGAAGGAAUCACUUUUAAAGUUCAAACAAAUCAUGCUUUGCGUGAUUUUAGAUAUACAAGUGCCGAGUAGACAUAGAAGGAUAUACUUAAUUGGGCGACAGGUUUUUAGUCAAUUAGAUUGAUUAGCUUAAGAAUUUUCCAUAGAAAAGAACCAAUAGAGUUAAGAUAGAAGAGUAAUUAUAUUGAAAGAAUAUUUAUAUACCUUGGCCGAUGUUCGAGAAGAAUAAGAGAAAGGUGAAGGCCUUAAACGAGAUUUGCUCAAAUUGUGCAAACAAUUAAUCGAUCUUCAAUCAUAGCGAAAAUUGUAAAUUUCUAGCUAUUUUAGUUAAUUUCUAGGGAAUUUUUCUUGAGGGAAAAAAAUUAUAAAAUUAGUCAACAAUUAGUUUUAUUGUAAAAUCGAUAUACGCACAUUUAACAUAUUUACGUUGGUUGUGCACUUUGUAUAAUAAUAAUCUAUAUUAAAAUUUAAUACAAAAUACUUUUCUUUGCGGAUACUUCGAUGAAAGACGCCAUUAAUAUAGCUAUGAUUAAGAAUAUCGUGCACCAAGCGGUUCUGCGUAAUACCUGUAAAAAAAUAAUUGUUCGAGUACAUUUUGAAUAAUUCUUA